AGGUAAUAGAGAGAAAGAGAGAAGAUGAAGGUGAGAGAGAGAGAGAGAGAGAAAAGGUAACUUUUUCUACUCUCGUGUUUAGAAUAAGUUUUUUUUUCAGUUGAUGUUGAUUUUUUUUCUUCCUCUUUGUGUUUCUUUCAAUCUUUUUCAUUCAGUUGGACGGAAUUAAUUUGCUCCAUUGACCAUAAUCAUCGUCAUCUUUUAUCUUCAUCAUCUUCAUCAUGGUCAUCGGCAGUACGAGAUGAGGGGCUGAUGUCUUUUCCUCUCUCUUACCUUUCUCUUUUUUCCCUUUCUCCUUGACUCUUUCUCUUUCUUUUCUCUCUUUCCUUCUCAUUCUCUCUCUCUUUGUGUGGUUCAGAUUUUCUCUUUUUUUUCUCUCUCUUUCAUGAGUUUUCUUUUUAUAGUCAAUUCAUUUUUAUUAUUAUUGUUUUGAAUAUUUUUCUUUUUUCAUUUUCACUGAACAAUCACCAUGACUGGAAUCAACCAAUUACCCGAUGAGAUACUGGAGAUUGUGUUUAAUAAAAUUAUCUGGGUUGAAGAUUUGAUAAACGUUUCUGUUGUUUGUCAACGUUGGUCGUUCCUUGCCCGUCGACGAUUGUCACAAAUUCGGGUUCUUCUUUGUGAGACCGUCAAUGAUGGAGAGGAUGAUGACCUUGAACCAGUAUUAGAUUCUUCCGUUGGCUCGGACACUCUUUUCUACCAGGAACUGAUAGAGGACAAUUCUCGUAUUGCUGAAUAUUUAGAUUUUCUACCGAAUCUUUCGGUAAUUGAAAUUAACGGUAAUGCAGAACCAAUCCAACCAUAUAUCGGCAGUCUCCUUAAUUGCCGAACCAACAUUAUCGGCCUUCAGUACAAUCAUCCUUUUUGGUUAUCCGUACCUCUUGGGCUGAAACAUAUUCAAAUGUUUUCAUCCUAUUCAAUUGGCACUGAAAUAGAAGAGUGUUUUUCCGAUACCUGUGAACAACUUUUUGUCAAAUUCGCUCGAGAUUCUUUAUGGAAAAUUUUAUCUGACUUUAGGUCACUAAAAAGACUUCACGUCGGUGAAUUUAGAGGAGAACCUUUAUCCGGAUAUCAUGGUCCAUGUUCCCACUCAAUUGAAAUUUUAGAAUUAAAUAUUUGUAGUUAUCGUCCUGAUGUACCCUCAUGUUCACUUCAUGACCCACCCUAUGGAUUUGGAGCACUCGUCGAUUUAUGUCCCAGACUUCGAAGUUUAUUUAUUCGAUUUCAAUCUUUUUUCCCUUACCAACAUGUUCCAAAUCGAGCCAAUAAUCACCUACAAAAUUUAGUUCUGGAAUACAUGCCAAAUAGUUUCCACAAAUGGACUACACUGAGAUGUAUUAUAACGAAAUUUCCAAACUUGAAGAAUCUCGCAAUCAGAGGGAACCUCGAGCUUUGCGACAGCCAUAUACACGAUAUUCUAUCUCAUUGUAACAAAUUGGAGCUAAUAGAUGUACGAGGAUGUCCCAAUGUUACCGGUCGGGUCGAAGAUAGUAAAAGAUAUUUUUUAAGGUACACGAAUCGUCAGAUCAGAGUUUUUCGGGGUGAAUAUCCGGUUUCCUGUUCAUCCAAUUAUCACCAAGUCGUUAGUGGACUUGAUUUUAUGCGUAACAUUUUUUCACAAUCAUUUAAAACGAUUCCAGUGUUCAUGCUUCCCGAAGGUAAAAAACGCUGAUAAUUAAUCCUUUCCAACUACUUUUUGUCUAUUGACAAAUUAACUUUUUUUUUCGUUUACAUCGUUAACCUAAAUCUAUCACCAUUGAAUUCAAAACCAUAUAUACAAUUUCAAGUUCAAACCAUGAUAUUUGCUCAUCAUUUUCUAGCCUGAAAAUUUUCUCGAACUGUUAAUAUCGAUUCGACAAAAUAAUGUGAUAAACUUUACCAUUUUCCCGAUGAAAUUAACCAAUUGUUAAAUUUGUGAUAUUGCGCAUGUUAAAAUAAAGAACUCGAACUCAAUCAGAUAAUAGUGAUUCUUUCAUUGUUAUUGUGUCAAAAGUUUCAAUAAACUAGAGUUUUCGUUUUGUGUUUUACUUAGACCAUUGA